AUGGUUUGGCCAUUAAUCCUAGAUGCAGAUCUUGAGUCCUUGACCAAUGAAAUUCAGCAAUUACCAACGAACAGUAGCAGUGAAUUAUUUAAUGACGCUCAAAUUUCCGUUUACCUUUCUAUCAAAAAACUAAAGAUAUACUUGCCAAACGACGGCAAGAAAUUGAUAACGUGGGCAUACACGGUCCUUAGUAAAAGAAUUCCAAAAAAUGAUGCGAAAAGCAAUACAGCAAAGAAUAUUACACACAUUAUGAGAGAUAAAAUCAACAGGGCUAUGGUUGAGCUUAUAUCUGAAUCUGUUGCCUUUCUUGAAGCUACAAGAGAAAGAGCUCUUGAUACUCUCUUUAAUUUGGUCACCACUUCAGUUGAAUCGACCAACACAAUGAGUUGGUUGAUCUGUUUUACUAUAAACGGUCGUCCUUCUUUACUCAUACCACGUCUCCAUCAAUAUUUGAUACGUGGAUUAAAAGUUCAUCAAAAUCCAUUUAUGGACUCUGGCUUGGAACAUUGUACAGAUGAACAGAAAAAAUUGGCUAUUUUAGGUAGCAAAGUCUUUGCCUAUCUACUUGAACAGCAAAACACUAUAGCUCGAAAAUCUGUAAUCAAUUUAUUCGAAGAGUAUUUUGCUCAAAUGCACACAAGACAAAAUCAUAGCAUGGAAUUAGACACAACGUCUUCUGCUUGUUGGACCGAAAUAUUCAAGAGAUUAGUCGAGAAUGAUUCUGCUGGGACUAUGUUUAUGUAUGAACGUGAUUCAGAGUACUCUCGAAUAUAUACACCAGCAGGCAGAGAAAUAAGUAUCGUUAGUGUGUUUCCUCAGUGGCUAUCAAAUGUUGCGUUUAGCAAGGAUAGCCUUAUUAUGAAACACGCCCUGGAUGUCGCCGUUAUGUUGGACACAAUGGCGUAUGACCCCCGCCUCAAUCUGGCCCAUCUAAUACCGGCUGGUGAUAAAUCGAUUCUGGACUCCAUGAGACCUUCUUUUGAUCAAUUAGAUCUCCAACCCUCGUCUAUAGAUCUCGUAAAUUGGACAAUAUCCAUAUUGGAGUCCAAGUCACACGUGCGUGGAACUGAUAGUCUAAAGAUCGCACUCUUUUUGAUGCAAUUGAUUAUAUUCAAAUGCGAUACAGAAGAAAAGGCAGCCGAGAUGCUUGUUAGCAUAAUUACCCAAUUGGACAAACCUAAUGCUAAAACAGAAUCAAGUAGUGGUACCCGCUACUUGGUUUUGAACCUUGUAGCUUCUGCGGAGACAAAAUGGCCUAAUGUAUUUCAGGUUGUUUUGGAAAAGAUAUUCUCUCAUGCUAUUGCUCUUCACAUCGCAGAUAGUGAAGGAUCUGUCAGUGUCGAGAAGAUCCUCGGAAAUUUAGCUAUGCUGUUUGAGGAAACAGGCGAAGCAUAUGGACCAGAUGGGACAAGGCCAGGAUUUAGCUCUUUUCAAAUGUAUAUUGUUGAUCAUUGGCAACAAGUUUUACUCUUGUUUGUGAGCCAUCCAUCAAUGGAAUGCAGAGCUAUGGGAUACCGUGUGUUGGCCAAUUCAAAACUGUGGGAGCAUACCGGAUCUAAUAUUCAGCCAAUCCAGAUAUCAAAGAUGUUGACAGAAGCGUGGUUUAGGCACAUGAAGCAUAGGUUUCUACGCAUCACGCCUCAAGAACGUGAAGAAGAAGUGUCAGUCUUGGAAGAACUUGAGCGUCUGAGUAAGGAAACUCGCGUGGUUGUUGGAUGCUGUCAGACCCUUGUUCUGGCAAAGUCUAUCCUAUGCCUUGCCCUGGACUGUAUUAUGCAAGGAGCUCUAGAAAUCUUCCCUGCAGUAGAUCCAAAUGUCCUGCAGAGAGAAAAGACCAAUCUAUUGGACAAGGUCAGGGAAAAUAAAUCUGCAACGGAGAUCAGGUCCCAGCCAGUAAACCGGCCGCCUCGGUUUAUAACCACGACAGAUCUGUUGAAUGGAGAACUGGAUUUCAGGGAUAAGACUUAUAUAGACAACAUUGAGCGUACAGCAAGCCUUUUUUACAGCUUCCGUGAUUCCAAAGAUACCACACGAGACCACCCUGCUUUAUUCUUGAUUAUUGAACAAUGCUCAGCUAUAGCCGGCUCUCCUAUUAACGAUACCACGCGCAGUAUAUUGGUGUACUUCAUUGCAUUCUGGCACAUGCCUGAAGUUGCCAAGGAGACAACGACCUUGAAAUAUGCCACACAGCUAGAAGAAACUUGUAGAAUCAUGAUGCUAUUGAAAGCGCAUCUCCCUUUACCUCUCCAGCCUGCCUACAAGAUUUUUGCAUUUGUUUCUGCCCAGGACCUUGGUGAUAUUCUUUAUCAAGCUAUUUGGCCCUACAUUAGAUGGCAUCCAAGUGCUUCAGAUAUGGAUAUCCCUGGAUUGGGUCCUACUGCUGCCCCUUCUCAAGACACCCUUCGUACUGAAUCAGAAUUGACAAACCAGUGCAUGAAAAAGUUGGCACUAGUUUACAACCGACGACUAAAGAAGCUAGAGUGUGCUCCCUUGUGGCAUGCAGCCCUGCAACAAGUAGGACGUGACCUGUCUUUAGAUGUCAAUGAAACUACUGCGUGA